UAGCUCCCCUUUCGUUGGUCUAGAGUCUGACAGUCUCUUCACAAUCACGGCAAGGCAUCCUUCUCCCUUGCCAGUUCAGAGGCUGUCCAUUAAUCUCUCCCCGGACCUGAUAGGCCUGUGCGCCAGGAAGAUCCAUAUCCUUCGGACCGCGUGAGCAAGAUGGCCUUCCUGGCGACUCGCACCAGGAUACCCCUGCAGGUUGCGCACAGGAAUCUCACUUCUCAGCAGCAGCUACACACUCUGAGAGUCUCUUCGUCGCCUCUGCGCUCUUGGUCCAGUGAUACCCGGUCAUGGACAUCUGCUCAUCCAUCUAGCAACGCAGCAAAGCAAGCCUUAUCGCAUAUGCGAUCGUCCCCCGUGUUCUCGUUGCCCCUUCUUGGACUCCGUGUCGCUUCUGUCAGAAACUUCACUUCUUCCGCCAGCUUCGCAGGUCCUGCGCCCAGAGAUCCGCUACAGGCAGAGAGAGAGGCGGCUACCGUAGCUGGGAACAGAGCUGCUAGAGCUCGGACUGAGUCCUUAGGUGCAGAUGGCUCGCAAGGCGGCGCUAGUAGCGGCAAAGGACCGGACGGAGACAAGGAGGUGUAUGGCUCAAGACUGAAGCGAGCUUGGAAAGAAACGCCGAUCAAGUGGUACCCUAUUCCCAUACUUCUUGGAGCCAUCGUUCUCAUCGGUGUGCAAGCACGACGUUUGUACAACGCUGAUCAGAGUGGCAAGGGCAAGAUCGUAGAUGGGGAAGGCAAGGUAGUGACGAUGUCUGGACCUUGGGCUGUUUAUGUCCUUGCUGCCCUGCCGCUGAAUGCCAUCUCUCGCCUUUGGGGAUGGGCAAACGAUCUGACCCUGCCAGUCUGGUUCAGACCAUUCGGAUUCCGACUCUAUGCUCGCAUCUUUGGCUGCAAUCUCGAUGAGAUGAACGACCCCGAUUUGACACAUUAUCGAAGUCUCGGAGAAUUCUUUUACAGAGAGCUCGCUCCCGGAAUGAGAAUCGUCGAUGAGGAAGCCCCCAUCGUCUCCCCUGCCGACGGAACCAUUCUGCACUUUGGUACCAUCAAGGGUAGGCAAGUCGAACAGGUGAAGGGUAUCACGUACUCUCUCGACGCUCUGCUGGGCCUCUCUUCCUCCCCAGAAGGGAUUGAGGAGGUUCGAGGACCUGGGUCCGAUCUCGACGACAAGGAAUUUGCAGCUAUCAACGGCAUUGACUACUCUCUCGACCGGUUAUUGGGCGACGAGAAGCUCAAGAAGAUGGGCAAGAGGUUUGUCAGCUGGAAGUGGUGGAAGAGCUGGGUGGUCUCGCCAAAGAAAGCAAACAAGACGGGUAUCCCGGCUGCUUCCCAGCCAGACCAGGCCGGCAAGACUGCUGCAAAGCCAGAUCCUGAUGACGGCGACGACGAGCCAGCCGAAGCCGGAGUGGAAACACCCGAUACCCCGGAAAUUCUCUCACGGUAUGCGUCCGUAGCAUACGAGAUGGGAUCUGGUGCCCUACCCCCCAUUCUUCAGCGUCACUCGCCCGGCCAAGAAGGUGUGGCAGACGGUAAUAAGCUCCACUUUGCAGUCGUCUACCUAGCUCCGGGAGACUACCAUCGUUUCCACUCUCCCACGAACUGGGUCGUGGAGCGACGACGGCACUUCAGGGGAGAACUCUACUCUGUGUCUCCCUACAUUGCCAAUAGACUCUCGAACCUGUUCAUCCUAAACGAGCGAGUGGCUCUGCUGGGGCGAUGGAGAUACGGAUUCUUCUCGAUGAUUCCUGUUGGCGCCACCAAUGUUGGAUCGAUCAAGGUCAACUUCGACGCUGAUCUGCGUACCAAUGUGAGAGAGCAGCGUCCCCUGGCUGGCACAUUCUCGGAGGCCUCUUACGGCAAGGCCUCGCGGCUUCUAGGUGGCCAGCCGUUGAGCAAGGGUGAAGAGAUGGGUGGUUUCCUGCUGGGUUCUACCAUUGUCUUGGUGUGGGAGUCGCCCGACUUCGCGUUUGAGAUCGAGCCAGGGCAGAAGGUCAAGGUGGGACAGAGGCUGGGCGAUCUGGGUUUCAAGCAGAUCAGUGAGGAAGAGAGGAGAAGACAUCAGACGAAGAAGAGGUGGUGGUUCUUCUGAGAUCAGGGCUCUACAGGCUGUACAAAUCCACGCUGCGCGGUGUGGGCGACUCCUACUUGGGCAUGUGCAAGUGAUGUUCAAACAAAGUGCCGUGGUGGCUCAGAUUUGUGUUUCUCCUGACGCUGUGUGAUAGUCUGCAAUGGUCUAGCCGUAC